CAGCAGCUGUGGGGAGGGCGGACCGCGGCUUCACUGCUAGAUCGGCGGCGGAGGAGAGUGGUGGUGUGUCUUGCCAGCUCCUCCUGGCAGCUCAGGCGGACGGACGAGUCGCUCUGGUCUUUGUGUGUUGGUUGGGGGGUCGCGAGUUCCAAUUCCCGGUGCGAUGAGGGGCGAGGUGCGCGGCUCGGGCCGCAAGCCCGACGUCCUCAUGUCGUCGACGACUCCUGGUUUCCUGGAGCUCAGCCCGCAGAAGAUGGAGAAGUGGAUUACUCAGCAGCCCAUCGAGGAGCACUACGAAGUCGAGGAGCAGCCCUUCGCAAGGGGAAAGUACGCUGCUGUGCGCAUGUGCCGCCACCGGACGACGGGCGUGCGGUACGCAGCCAAGUUCCUGCGCAAGAGGCGGCGAUCCGAAGACCUGCGGCCUGAGAUCCUGCACGAGGUCGCCAUUCUGGACGCGUGCGCCGGCUCGCCGCGUAUCGUCCAGCUGCACAAGGUCUUCGAGAGCGAGAGCGAUAUGGUGCUGUUGCUAGAACUUGCUCCCGGAGGUGAACUUCAAAUGCUUCUAGACAGAGACGAAGUGCCCGAGGAGCGGCAGGUGCGUCGAUUGAUGCGGCAGAUACUGGAUGGCCUAGCAUACUUACACUCCAUAAAUGUGGCACAUCUUGACAUCAAGCCUCAAAACCUAGUUCUGACAGAUGAGUUCCCACACUGUGAAGUAAAGCUGUGCGACCUUGGCAUCUCUCGGUAUAUCAGUCAAGGAGCUGACAUUCGUGAUAUGCUAGGAACACCUGAUUAUGUUGCUCCAGAGGUCCUCAAUUUUGAGCCUAUCAGUCUCGCAACAGAUAUGUGGUCUGUUGGCGUCCUGCUUUAUGUGCUCCUCACAGGGUGCUCUCCAUUUGGUGGGGAUACAAAACAAGAGACAUUCUGCAACAUAUCUAAAUGCAUCCUCGAUUUCCCCGAAGACUUGUUCGAGGAUAUAUCUGAGGAUGCUAAAGAUCUCAUGUGCAAACUCAUAGUGAAAGACCCUAGCCAACGACUGACUGCGGAGCAGAGCCUAAAGCACCAGUGGUUCAUGGUAGAAGACGAUCUGCCAGCACCUGUUACCAACACUGCUUUGUCAAAUCUUUAUGAUGCUGAACUACUAAUGGCACGUGUUGGUGAAAAGAUACAAGCUCAAAGAGCUGCACUUGCACAACGGGUUGCUAAUAUCCGCGCUGAAGUGGAAAGUGAAGAACCCACAGAGGAGAGGAGGCCACCCCUCCUGGCAAGGAGAAAAUCGCUACUUCGUAACAAAACAGAUGAAGACAAGAAAGGUGAGAAAGAAGAAACUAAGAGGACAGUGGCAUCCGUUCCCGAGAGGGCUGGAGUCACCUCGACAGAAACAAAUGAAGACAAUCAUUCCACUACUGGUAUGAAAUCCUUCCGAAGGCAAAAUUUUGUUAAAAAUAUGGGUAGUUUGGCCGAGAAAUUUGCAUCAAUUAAUAUGAUGGACAAUGAAGCUACUUCUCCCAGCAACUACAAAAACAACAAUUUUAUUAGUUGCACAACCAAAAGUGAUAAGUCAACUGAUGAAAAUAAGACACCUGUCAGUUCUUCAUCAGGCAAGUCUUUCAGCAGGACAAUUACUACAAAUGCUGUUACAUUUUCAACAUGUGCUACAAAUGUUGUGACAUCUGUAAGAACAGUACCAUCAGCAGUGCUAGGCAGUGUGCCUGCAAUCACAGUUAACAAUACCAGUGUUGGGUCUGUGAAGAACAUCAAGCCACUGAAUGUAACAAGCACUUUCCUCACUACUGGUACUACUACCACGCUGACAACAACUGUAGGAAAAAUUGUAACAUCCAUGUCUGUAUCAACUCUGAAGCCAGGAGAAGCUCGAUCAGUAAGCAAAGCUACUGCUAUGCAGACUAUGCCAGUGGGAUCACUGAGCAGUUACCGUCUGUCCCUCAGCAGCCAGGCAGUAGGCAGUACUAUCAUGCCUUCACAGGUAAAGAAGAAUAAUGGAAGGCUACCAUGUUUUGAAAAAGCACCACAAGAUGUCAUACGCAGAAGGGAACGGGACAAGAAGGAUCUUUUCAGUUUUCGGAAGUGCAUUAUAAUUGAUGACUCUGAGGAUGAUGUUGGAACAACAGUUUCUCCUCCUCUAUCCAUUGCUUCUGACACUAGUUCUGGAUUUUGUGAUCAGUUGACAAGUGAUUCUGGUAGUGAUUCAGUCAGUGAAAUGUCUAUAGAUUCUUCAAGUGAUAGGUCAAGUAUAAUUUCACUUGACGAACCUGUGGAUUAUAGUUACAGCAAACAAGGAAAUCGUCAUUUUGUUCAGCAUUCUCACAGGACAUUUACUUCAAACACCAGCGGAGGUGUUGCAAAUGCUUUAAGGAAAUCUGAUGUGACAGCAAGAUAUCCUGCAAGCAGAUUCACAUCAUUUUCCCGACUAUCUUCAGUUCCAGGUGAAAGUCUUCUCAAAGCUUCAACAAAUGCAAUUUCCACUGACAACAUUUUUGCUUUGGCAAAGAAGCAGGCAGCAAAAUCUUGUCACACUACGUACAUAAGUAAAAUGGAAUCUGCAAAUUUAAAACCUAUAGCCCCUGCACAGAGCAAAGAAUAUGGCCUGAACAUUGUGCAUGAGCGAAAAGGUGACAUUGUUGUUCUACGUGAAGUAAAAUGUGGAAAGUACAGUAGGUUUAGUGAAGUGAAAUGUGAAUCUGUACAGGCACGAAUCAAAAAGUUUCAGUCUUGAAAGUACAGAAAUAGUCAUUCACUCAAAUUCUUGUUUGAGAACUGUCCUGAGGCAACAAACAAGUGUAGUAUGUGUGUAUAACAAUUUGUACUAUACAGAUGCUAGUCAAACAAAGGACCAAAUUUUGUAUUAAUUUUGUAAAUAGUAUCCCAGAUACAUACAACUUAUUGUACAUUGUAGGUUUGUGGAAAUGCCUUUCACAAAUGACUGAUCGUAAUGGAAACGUGGACCAAUUAUGUACUAUAUGAAUAAUUUGUGAUAAUUGAGUGCAAGCAAAAGUUGAUCUGCAUGACUAUAAUAAUUAGUUCUGCAGUUUUCUAACUAGUGAAGUCUCCACCUAGUGCCAUGUUUUGGCAGGUCAGCAAUUGUCAAUAUUUUAAAUAUUGUAAAUAUGCAAGUUCCUAGAAUAUGUUUGUUGAAAAAUAUUUCACUGCCCUUGAAGGUGCUUUGUUGUUGUGAACAAAGUUUAUUUCAUGUCAAAAAAAGAAAAUCAGAGUGUGCACUGAAAAAUUGUAUUUAAGUGUUGUACUGAUAUAUUGUAAUUAUCUCUGAACUCCAUAUUGUGUUUACAUCAAUGUAAAAAUAUUUGAAUUUAUAACAAUGAAGAAUAUUUAUUUAUGUUAUUAUAAGUAUACAUUUUAUUAAAUAUUGCAGUGUACUCUGAAAUAAAGAAAUGAAUAUUU